AACAAGCGGAAGGAUCAAGGGCGGGAGCAAGCCAACCAUGCCAGAGCUCCCGGAGGUCGAGGCGGCGAGGAGAGCGAUAGCGGAGCACUGCGUCGGCAAGAAGGUCCGACGAUCUGUCGUCGCCGAUGACUCCAAGGUGAUCGAGGGCAUCUCCCCAUCGGAGCUCGAAUCAGCUCUGACUGGAAAGACCAUCGUGGCCGCACUACGCAAGGGCAAGAACCUAUGGCUCCGCCUCGACUCUCCACCAUUUCCUUCCUUCCAGUUCGGAAUGACUGGCGCUGUUUACAUCAAGGGCGUCGCUGUGACGAAAUACAAGAGGUCUGCGGUCAGCGAUAAUGAUGAAUGGCCGUCGAAGUUUUCGAAAGUAUUCAUGGAGCUAGAAGAUGGUUUAGAGUUGUCUUUUACAGAUAAGAGACGUUUUGCCAGAGUUCGCUUGCUUCAAGAUCCAGAGACAGUGCCACCAAUUUCUGAACUUGGUCCAGAUGCUAUGCUAGAGCCUUUGCAAAUCGAUGAGCUUGUAGAAGCUUUAAGCAGACGGAAAACUGCAAUUAAGGCCCUACUACUUGAUCAGAGCUUUGUUUCCGGCAUUGGCAACUGGAUUGCUGAUGAGGUGCUUUAUCAGGCAAGAAUCCAUCCCCAGCAAAUUGCUUCAAACUUGUCAAAGGGAGAUUGUGAGGCCUUGCAUCGAUGCAUGACAAAGUAUGCUGUUGAAGUUGAUGCAGACUGCAGUUCGUUUCCUAUUGGAUGGUUGUUUCAUUAUCGGUGGGGAAACAAACCCGGAACAGUAAAUGAUAGUAGUCAGUAUCCUAGUAAUUGGAUUUUUCAUUCCCGAGAAAAGAAACCUGGGAAGGCAUUUGUUGAUGGAAAACGAAUCGAGUUCAUUGCAGUUGGUGGUAGAACUUCAGCCUACGUCCCAGAAUUACAGAAGCUCACAGGUGCCAAAUCUGUGAAAGCCAAAUCCAACCCAUCUCGGAACUCAAAGUCAGAUGAAGAAGAUGAAGAUGAAGGCAGUGAAGGAGAAGAGCUCGAAAAAGAGAAGGAAAUUAAAAAUACUCAGCCUAAAAAAGACAAAAAUGUAAAGGUUGAUAGCCAUAGGCAACAGAAGAAAGCAGGUGAUUCAGUUGAUAACACUGAGGAAGAUGAUGAAGAGGAAAAACCAAAGAAAAAAAGUGGCAAGAAGCCGUUGAAAACCAACAAGUUGCAGCGAAAGGUGGUUAAGGCAAAGACAGAGGUGGAGUCGUCGAAGAGAUCAGAAUCAGACGAAAUUAGCACACGGCAGAGGAAGAAAACCAGGAAGUGAGAUGACAACUAAAGUGGUAUUUUGGAGGCUGUUGUAAUUGCUGGAAUUCGUUUUUAGUCUCUGUUUUUAUUCCAUUUUGAUGCAUAACUACUGCUGCUCCAAAAUGCUAAUUAGUGCCAUGCAAAUUUCUCCAACAUUCACUUUUUUGUGCUGAGGUCGCUCUAUCUUAAAAUUUCUGUGCAGUGUUGAAGAAAAUUGGUUUGGCAGUGUUCAAUGAAGUCGAGUUUAAAAUGUCUGAAAGCAGUUAUUGUUUUCAGUUGUUAAGAUGCAUUUUUAUAACUGGAAGUUAUAGGGUUCUGCGAUUUGGUACUGUAGCAUCAUAAAUAAGAUUAGUAACGGCUGAAUCAAGUAUU